AAUAUUCUUUCUAGUGAUAAGUAUAGGAAUAUAAGAGAAAGAUAUUUUCUUUUCUAUAGAGUCACACAUUCAAUUUCUGGUGGUAUAGGAUUUGAAGGUAAAGGAUAUAUCAUCCAUUCGCAAUAUAAGCAUGACAAGCAUGAAUAUUGA